UCCACCCCUACCGACUUCCGCUGGGUUUACGCUUCCAUCGAACCGGACUCUGGACACGUCGCCUCUGCUCUCCCUAGACCCUUCUCCCCCGCCGCUUCCACCACCAGAGCAGCGCAGGUGGCAGCCAUGAACGCGAUUCGGUCGGCCCUCGCGAGGGCGCUCUCCGCCCCGAAGCCUCGGCCGCCGCUGGCGCGCCACUACGCCGCCGUCGGCGAAACGCAGCCGGAGAGGGUGGCGGCGGAGAUGGUCCGCUACGCCCUCGGCGGCGCCGGGCAUCAGAGCCCGUCAGAGGACGCGAUGCGGAUACUGGAGCAGGGGGCGUCGAACCUGCAGGGCGGCGGCGAGGGCGCCGCCGAGGCCGUGAGCUUGCUCAUGCUCGCCAUGUCCACGCUGCUCUACAGGAGUGGAAGACGCGAAGAUGCAAUGGAAAAGCUCAAAGCAACCCAGCAAGUCGCUCCUUCUGCAGCCUUCAGAGUUGCUGCUUGGGAAGCACUAAUGGGAAUUCGCAUGGAAGCAAGCCAGGAUGUCUCCUCAUCGAUGUCCCCGAAUGAUUCGGUUGAUUUGUCAAUCAAAGAAGAAGAAAUCAAAUGGUCUGAUCAGGAUGAUCUGAAAUUUCGGGUUGAUGCAAUCAAAGGACUUGCUGCUCUUCUAAAUGGAGAGAUAGACUCAGCCCAGACGCUCUUUGGUGGGCCCAACAGUUGCUAUGCUGCAGUAGGCAAUAACCAAACAGAAAAUGCUGCCUUUACAUAUGGUGAAUAUCUGCACUGUACUGGGGAUUUUCCUUUGGCAACACAAAUGUAUGAAAAGGUUCUUGAGGCAGCAAGCAGAGAAGAUAUAUCUGGAAAUCUGUUAGCAGCUGGAAACAUGGCUCCUGAGGAGGUUUCUCUGGGUGCCACUUGCUCAUACGGCCAGCUUUUAUCUCAUUCUGGGAAGUUUGACGAGGCAGAGGACUAUCUCACAAGAGCACUACAGAAGGCUGAAGAACAAUUCGGUUCAAAUCACCCAAAGGUUGGUAUGGUAUUGACCUGUGUAGCCAGGAUGUAUAAACUGAAAGCAAAAUCUGAAGGUUCUAGUUCAAUAAUGGUUCAGGAGGGGCUAUAUAGGAAGGCCCUAGAAGUAUUGAAAGCACCUGCCAUCAAUUCUGAGGGCACAAGAAGGCAAGUCGAUUGGAGAGAUAUCAUAUCCUUGGCUAGAGGCGAGUAUGCGGAACUGUUGCUUAUUCAGUCAAAUAGAAAGGCAGAAGGUGAGCGAAUGAAGGAGUGGGCAGAAGAUGCCUGGAAGAAUCGUAGAUCAACACUGGCCCAAGCAUUGGAGAUUUCAGAAGUUUCAAAGCCUACGGUGGUUGAUACCCGUAUCGGCAGGGUCAUAUGGCUUCCAUGACGGUCCGAGGAAAGUUACUAUGCAAUAAUCUGUGAACUCAACACUAAUGUAACAUAGGUUCUCCAUGGAUUUGCCUACGCUCUGCAUGUGUUUCUGAUCUUUGGCGGAGAGCACCCUUGCAAAUCCAGUACAUCGAUCAUGCUGCGCUCUUUUGUUAUUUUAUAACUGGAAAACAACUCGAUUGUUGGCUUGCUCGUUCAAAA